UUUUUUAGUACCGAGUCGACCCGCCCAAUCUGUUCUUCGUAUACCUAGGGUUUUAAACAUGACGAUCUUGGAACAUUCCCAUGCCAGGCUUUUAUAAAAGCACAAUAGGCGACACAGUUCGUCACGCUUACUUGAGAUCGAAGUCUAAGAUUUUGGUUUUUCUUUGCUCGUCGAGUCUCUUGUUCUUCGAGGUACCAUCAUGAGGAGGUACAGUCCACCAUACUAUAGUCCUCCUAGGAGGGGAUAUGGCGGUCGAGGGAGAAGCCCUCCUAGAAGGGGAUACGGUGGUGGGUACGGUAGGCACAAGGAACAGAAUCAUGGAAGCCUUUUAGUCCGCAAUAUUCCACUGGAUUGCAGGCCGGAAGAACUUCGAGUUCCAUUUGAGAGAUUUGGACUUGUUAGGGAUGUCUAUAUUCCAAAGGACUAUUAUACGGGGGAACCUCGAGGGUUUGCAUUUGUGCAGUUUGUGGAUCCUUAUGAAGCCUCAGAGGCUCAAUAUCAUAUGAAUGGGCAAAUUUUUGCUGGGAGAGAGAUAUCCGUAGUUCUUGCUGCUGAAACAAGGAAGAGGCCAGAGGAGAUGCGUCGAAGGACUAGGGUUAGAGGACCUUCGAGCCAUGGAGGACGGCGAUCAUCUUAUUAUGGGCGUGCUCAGUCUCGUUCACUAUCCCGUUCACGCUCUCCUCGCCAGCCUUCUGGUUCUAGAAAUCGAUACCGCUCAAGCAGGUCCUACUCACCCGCACCAAGACGAAGGAGUGACUACUCGGUUUCCCCAAGUAGAAGGCAAGCAGACCACCCACGGUCACCAAGAGGUCCUCGAAGAGAGCGAGAUAUUGAUCAAGGCAGGUCUUAUUCUCCAGGUUAUGGUAAUGCUGUUGAUCAAAAUGAAAUUGGCAAUGGGCAUCGCGAGAAAUCAGCAUAUGCGGCUGAGGAAUCACGUGGUCACUGGAGGUCCUCGCCUGGUAGAGCCUCAAGGUCACCCUCUGGAUCCAGGUCUAGGUCUGCGGACUUGUCACCCAGGCGCAGCAGAUAAGGGAAAGGCGAGAUGAAUUUUCAUGUUGUAACAUUGGUUCCAAUGGUAUGCAUAUUGGGAACGGUCGGGCAUUUAGGUUUGUGUGGAACUGUAGGAAGUAAGCAAAAGAAUCUGUGUUGCAUGUCUCGGAGACCCAUAGAGGUUUGAUGGUUUGAUUUCAUCUAUAUUAUACUUCAACUUUGAUAAUUCAGUGUUAGAGAUUAUAUAAUUUCCGGUCGUUUGUUUGGCA